AACAAGAGGUAGUUGAUGCCAUUCAAUUCAAAACCCCUAUUCCCUACACUUCCUCUCUUCUGUCCUAAUAAUAAUAUCAGUUCUAGGGUUUCCUUCCAAUUCCUCUUUUUGAUCAAACAAUCAUAUCAUGGAUAUCGAGUCCACCGAGCUCCAUGACUGGGAACUGCUUCACCCCAACUCAUCUUCAGAUUCCGAGCUCGAUCUUAACUCACCCAAAAACCAUGUUGAAACAGAGGGUCUUAUUCAAACCAAUUAUUUCUCCGUAGAUACUCCUUUUGUUGCUUAUGGUAGUGAAAAGGGCUCUGAGGAAUCCGAUAAUUUGAGUUGGGUUGAACCCGGCACGCUUCCCAGGAAGAAUUCGGGUGGGUUCUUGUCCGGUUCUGUUACUGAAAAAUCUGAAUUUGAGGGGGGAAAUGAUGUUGGUGUGCUCGAAAACCCCAAAGUACAAGUGGGUUUUGGAGGAAUUGAUGAAAAUGAAGUGAAAUUUGACGGUAUAGCCCAGGUGGGUGUUGUGGAUAACUCAAAAUUACAAAUGGGUUUUGCUGGAAACAAAGAGAUGGAUAAAACCGAGGUGGGUUUUGGAGGAAUUGAAGAUAUAGGUAGUGAUAAUGGGAAAAAUCAUGAGGAAUAUUUGUCUGAUACUAGUGAAAUUGUGAAAUUUGGGGAUGUUGAAGAGGUUUGUGUGGAAGAAAAGGAGAGGGAUGAAGUAGUAGAAGUUACUAGUAAAGGAGGGGAGGAGAAGAGGAGUUUGGUGUGGUGGAAGGUACCAUUGGAGCUUCUCAAGUAUUGUGUGUUUAGAGUUAGGCCUAUGUGGGCUUUCUCUGUAGCUGCUGCUGUCAUGGGGUUUGUUAUAUUAGGUCGUAGAUUGCAUAAAAUGAAGAAGAAGACCAAGGGUUUGGAGCUCAAAGUUACUGUCGAUGAUAAGGUAUCUCAAUUCAUUAGCCGUGCUGCACGCCUUAAUGAAGCAUUUUCUGUUGUGAAGCGGGUUCCUGUGAUUCGGCCUCAGCUGCCAGCACCUGGAGUUUCAGCAUGGCCUGUCGUGAGUUUGAGAUAGAUGUAUAAUCUUUGUAAAGUAAAAAGCGGAAGAAGAUGGCGUUGUCACCAUGUCCAUUUGAUAUAUGGCUGUGUUUUUGUGUGUAAGCUAUCUCUGUAUCACCUUCUCAGUGUAUUCCUAAACAGACUAAAGUACGAUUUUAAAGCUAUGUAUAAAACUCUUUUAUCUGUUUCCCA